UGACAAUAGCCGGCUGGGUUCACUGAAGACGGCAAUGCUGCUAGUAUUUAGCGUUCUCUUGUGUAGCGAUCGAUUGCUACUGCCUGAGUCGUCUGACGUAAAGAUGGAUGCCUUCCGAUAUAGGUAAAUAAAAAACAUUUAAGGACUGGCAUGUAUCUAAUUGUUGUAAUAUUUAAGGCUAAAGGGAGUUACACCGUGAAGUGAUGUUUUUCUUAUGUGACACAAUGUAUCGAGUUUUUGAAACAGUGUACUAAGCAAACCAUAGCAUGCUUCGCAGUAAUCUGUUUCUUUAAGUAACAUGCAAUGUCUUACAAUUGUUUAUGAUUGCACCAUAUGUUGGAUUGAUGAUACAUUUAUUUCCAGUAUUUUUUUAUUUUCUGUAAAUAAUCAAAAAAUACCCCCCGUCUCUUUCUGCUAAUCUGAAAUCGACACGAAUGCAAUCGUGUCUAUCUGCGUUGUUUUCUAUUGUGCAUACUGGACAAUGUUAUGCCCCAUAGUAGGGACCGAGGACUUCUGUACGAUAAAAAAAAGAAAAUAAAUUAUCUAAGGAAAACAUUUGUUCAAUGCUGUACUGUAAACGAUAUGAUGCAAAGCAGAAAACAUAGCAUGUCGUUAUCUGAUUUGUACUACAAACAGCGAAUAAUCCAAUUAUAUUUUGUCAUUAAUGACAGGUUAUAAACGUGAAUAGCCUAGAUUCCACUCUUUUAAUAUAAUUCAUUGUGCAUUUAGUUGUAAGUAUCACCAUUUGUUACAAUGUUUCAUUGCUUGUUGUUGCUCCUGCUCGCCACUCUCCUUGCCAUUACUCAUUGAAAUAUAUUUUACAUUGUAAAUGUAAUGUAUGAAGAUGAAAUGAUGUUAUGAUAUCGUGUCUUCUCUCCUGUCUGGUCCAGCCCUGUCUUGGCCAAUGCUUGCUGCUUUACAGCAUGAGCAAAGAAGUGUCGGCUCAUCUUCUAGUUCUGGCAAAUGAAAAUGGAUGAGAUUUCGAUGUCCAGCCUGGACAACAGCAAGCUGGAGGUAAAUAUAGUAGUAGGUUUGGUUUACUCCUGUGUGGACUAUACAUAAGGGUUUCGUUUUUCACCCACACAUUUCAUUUAGUCUGACUGUGUGUCAUUUGGACUGCAGCUAUGGCGGAUGCGUAACCUGACCAGCGUAAUUCAGCUUGGCCCUAGUGUGAAUCAGUUCUGUAGCCAACCCUUCUGACAGUAGCAUUCCAUAGAAAGGCUAUAUCCUGGUUCUAUAUAAUAAUGCUGUGGUGGUUGGCAGGGCGUAGCUCAGGACAUCCUGUCUGAUCUGGUGGAGGAUGCUUGUCUGGGCCUGUGCUUUGAGGUCCACCGGGCCGUCAAGCAGGGCUACUUUUUCCUGGAAGACACGGACCAAGAAAGCAUGAGGGACUUUGGUAUGUAUUUCUACCUUCUACUCACCUUUUUUUAAAUUAUUGUUUAACAAUGUUUAAGAUAAAGACGCAUACAGAAGAUAUCAUUCCACAAUUCUUAAUGCGCUAACUACACCACCUUCCAAUGAUUACAAUAGAUAAUAUAUACCUACAUACCUUUACUAUGUAAAGCGCUUUGAGGUACAAUUUUUCAUUAUCUUUAUUUUUGCGUGAGUAGAAAUUGUGGACCAGCCAGGAGUGGAUGUGUUCGGGCAGGUGUACAACCAGUGGAAGAACAAGGAGUGUGUCUGUCCCAACUGCAGCCGGAGCAUCGCCGCGUCACGCUUUGCCCCGCACUUGGAGAAGUGCCUGGGCAUGGGGCGCAACAGCAGCCGCAUAGCCAACCGCAGGUUAGCCACCCACCCCCACACAACUGAAACAAGUGGCACGUUCCAAACCGUCUACAAAGCAGUCGCACUGUGCAAAUUAACCAAUUAUUGAAUGCUAUGUAAUCUACAUUGCAGUUGGGCAAUACAUGUAUGUAAUAUUGAUGCGGUUACUGACAUCAUUAAAUGGGGGGCUAAACUCACUAAUUUCGCCUCCCUUUUCCACGUUUUUGUUAUGGAAUGCUAGAAGCCAUGACUGAAGCAACGAGAGUUUGAAGUGGGAGUGUUAUGUUCGCUAAUAGCCUGGCGUUGUGUGCUCCUCUUUACUGAUCCUAAACAGCAACCAUACUUUACUAGAUGAAUGGCUUAGCAACCACUUGACGCAGCAUGACAACGUGCACGUGAUUGGUCAAGAAUCCCAAAUUCUGAGCAUUUCCUCCUUUCUAGAAUACCUUUGAUGAUAUUUGUGUUUGUGAUGCUAAUGUUAGCUCACGAAUAGUUGGGGGAAAAAAACAAGCCCUUUAUAAAGACCAAGUCUCGUUCUUUCAACAUAACAUUGGCAACGAUGUCUUGUAUGUAUUGUUUCAUGUAAACAAGUCAGAGUUGCUGCGUGCUAAUGGGUAUUUCUGUUGUCUGUAAUGAAAUGGGCAGGCUGUAGGUUGAUUCGGCUGCACUCAGCGCAGCUGUUUCACCGGGCAUGACAAAUUUCCCUAUGCGUUACCAUCCCCUUUUAGUGGGCAAGACUGGGCAUGAUUGAAAUCAAAAUCCAACCCACAAUUAUCCAAGGAUUUAGGAACUUAAGUGUCACUUUUGGAAGAUAUUGACUUUAUGACCAAAAUUAUCCCAUUUACACGUUGGAGUAAAUUUUGACACUAGCAUAAAUGUUUCUGACUAAUAUCGAUGCCACAUAGGCCGUUUUCAACUAGAUACGUCUUUUUGGGGGGGUUCAGCUACCCUUUAAAUACAGCUACCCUAAAACCAGCUGACAUUGCAGUGCAGACAGCACUGUAAUGCCAUUAAGACUGGAGUUGCUGGGUCGAAGACCCAAGCCGACAAGGUAAAAAAUCUGUUGAUGUGCCCUUGAGCAAGGCACUUAACCCUUAUUUGCUCCAGGGGCGCUGUACUAUUAUGGCUGACCCUGUAAAACAACACAUUUCACUGUAUCUAUCUGGUGUAUGUGACAAUAAAACAUCUUAAUAUAUAUAUAUAUAUAUAUAUAUAUAUAUAUAUAUAUAUUUUUAUUUUUUAUUUUUUUUUAUUUUUUUUUUAUUAGAGUAUUAUUAUUAUUUUCUAAUCAGAAUGUAGUUUGCACACUUGAUUAAACUGUAGCCUUACUUUCUAAAGUAAUGCUGAAGGAAGGCUUCUUUCAAAUACUUUGCUCUAGCCUGCCUGGAGUGCCAGAUGGGCAGGGUUUGCCAUUUUGGGACUAUUCUAUUGGUCCAGUAAACCACACAAGCUCAAUUAAGCGCAGAUUAAGUAUUGGAAAUGAUUUCAAAUAGUAUUUUGAACCCAGGUCAUAAUUCAAUGGAUGAUGUCAUUGACUGCCAUUUCUUCCCCACACAGAAUAGUCACCGGCAACAACACUAACAAUAAAUCAGAGAGCGACCAGGAGGAUAACGAUGACGUCAAUGAUAACGACUGGUCUUACGGGGCGGAAAAGAAAGGUAAAGGACUGGCUUUCACCCUCCUUUCCAAGGUGAUCUAGGCACGAAACGAGAGCAAACGUUGUGAAACAGAAAGGUACUACAUGACCUUGUCCAAUAAGAACAUAAGUUAUUUUCCAUUGCAAAACGUUUUCCUACAGUGUGCCCUACUAAAGAUGACCCUGGUGACUGACAGUUACAGUGUAUAUAUCUACUCACAAGAGGAGACAAAUUGACAUUGAGAAUUUUAAAUUGUGAAUACCAUGAGUCAAUCUCUACAUUAAUUUUAACUGAAACAGAAUUGACCUCAACUAAGUGCACAUGCAUCCAAAAUGUAGUUGUAUCUGUUUGAUCUUCACUUGUAAUCUAGUAGUUAAAAAAAAGUGUAUAAAAAAAUUAAGAUAUAUAUAUAUAUAUAUAUAUAUAUAUAUAUAUAUGCUUUGAAGUGUUAUCAGUGUGCUUGGUUCUCUUGUGUAUUUGUACGUUGUGAUAUCAUGUAUAUCAUUUAAAGUAUGUCCAAGUGUCUUAUAAAAUGCUCUCAUUUUUUCAGCGAAGAAGAGAAAAUCAGAUAAGGUAUUGGCACUUUCUUUGAAACAACCUGUUAUUGAUCAAAUUUAAUAUUUUCUGUAAUAAUAUAGUUUUGCCACUAGUUGAUCAUUCUGCUUUUCUUGAUGCUUUAUCUGAAUAGAAUCCAGUGCCACAGCUGUAUUUCAAGUGAGAGAUCGAAGGGAGAAUGUUGAUUGGUAUUUGGGGUUUGUGUAGUUGUAACCAAUCUAAUAAAGUUACUACAGGAUAGCACGACCAAAACAAACCAUACAUAUAAAGUUAUCUUAAUAUGUUCAUAAAGUUUCCAACAGUGUGCAGCAUGAUCCUGAAAGGCGAUGAGAUCAAAUUUAGAUUUCUUCCAUUUUAAUGCUUGUUGUGAUUGUCAAGCUUUCUGUUAAACAAAACAUAUUAUUUUUUACGAAUAAGACAAUUCAAUUACAUCUUUCUUAGUUUUGUGUAAACUAUUUGUUUAUAUUUUCCUUUUUAUUGUAGAAUCCAAACUCACCCAGGAGAUCCAAAUCAUUUAAACAUAAGAGUGGUAAGUCAUCAUCAUCAGUCUAUACCUACUAAAUGCAAGGUAAUUGUGGCAAAUGGAGCGACUGCUUUAGACCUCAUUCUUUGGAGAGGCCUAAUACACACUCUGGCAUUAAUUCAAUAGUAUGACAGUGUUAUGACAAAGGAUAUACUGUAUGUAAGUUGUCCCUGAGACGCUCUACCCUAGUUCUAGGUCAUUGAGACUGAGAGACAAAGUAAGUAAGGUGUGGACUGUGGCUCAUAUGAAAUAUAAGCUAUCCUACAGAUAAUGGUGGAGUUUUAGGUAAUAUGUUUUGCAGUUGCGCUGUGCAUCUCAGAAGAUAUUGCUAUUUUAUAUUAAGGUGGUUGCAGAGAUCAUUUGCGGAAUGUAACUAAAAUUAAAACAUCCUGGAAUGUCCCCAUAAUCAUAAUUUCACAGCAUAAUUUGGUUGGAGUGGAGAAUGGAAAUGACUUUGAUAAAGAGUCAGUCUGUCUCCACAGGUAUGAUCGGCCCCAGACGGCGUAUGGACAACCAGGAGAGCCCACGCAUGCUGAUGAAAGACGAGGCCUUCCCUCAGUGACAGACAGACAGGAAGACCAUUCAGAGUCCACCCUGGCUCCUUUUGUUUUUCAAUGGACCGUGACAGACGUGUAGUAGACUAUUGCUAAAUGGGUCAUGUUCAUUAGGCACCAA